AUGGCUCUUAUCAACUCCAACAACACCCUUUUCAGCCUCAUUCAUCUUCAGACACUCAACCUUGAUGAUAAUGACUUCAAUUACUCUCAUAUUCCUCCUGCCAUUAAGCAACUUUCUGGUCUAACUUACCUCAACCUCACUAUACAUCUAAGAAGCCUAGUGAGAAACUUAACUAGUUUGGAAAUUUUUCGCCUUAGUCACGUAGACAUAUCAUCCACAAUACCCGAUUUCCUUGCAAACUUCUCUUCCUUGACGUCCUUGCUUCUUGAAGAUUGUGAAUUGUACGGUGAACUUAGUCGACUUACUUUUCUAAACCUAGCGAUGAACAACUUCAGUGGUAACAUUGCUUCUUCUCUUCACAAUCUUACCCAACUUAUUGUAUUAUGUCUUCAUUCCAAUCACAUAACUGGUCCAAUCCCACCUUCGUUAGGAAACCUUACCAAACUAGAACUUUCAGGUUUCCUUAGGCAUCAAAAUGAGUUGGAGUGGUUCGAACUUUGUGGAAACAAAAUCUACGGUCAAAUACCAAAGUGGAUGUGGAACACAAGUGUAGACACUUUGGAAGAUUUGAACAUUGGCGACAACUUCAUAACAGUCUUUCACCAACAGCCUGCAGUUCUUCCCUGGGUUAACUUGGACGUAUUAGAACUUUCCCUUAAUAUGUUGCAAGGACCACUUCCAAUUCCUCUGCCAUCCAUCAAAGCAUAUAUCAUCUCAGGGAACAUGAUGACGGGAAAGAUUCCACAUGUGUUUUGCAACCUGAGUUCUCUUUACAUCCUUGAUUUGUCUGAUAACAACAUCGAUGGCAUGAUUCCACAAUGUUUCAGAAACUUGAGCAGUUCUUUGGCUGUGUUGAGUUUAAGAAACAACUCUUUUCAUGGAGUCAUUCCUCAAACAUGUAGUGGCAAUGCAAGCAACAACUUGAUGUUGGUUGAUCUUAGUUAUAAUCAGUUGCAGGGUCAACUACCACGCUCAUUGUCCAACUGUAUGAUGCUAGAAGGUAUUGUUGUCUCCAACAAUCGUUUGAAUGAUGUUUUUCCAUCUUGGUUGGGGUCCCUGCCGAAGUUGAAACUUCUUACAUUGCGUAAGAAUGAGUUCUAUGGUGCAAUUGGGAAACCUGAAAAGGAUUUGGAGUUCCCUAAGCUGCAGGUGAUUGAUUUGUCUUGCAAUAAUUUCUCAGGCGAAUUGCCAUCUCAAUACAUCAUCAGUUGGAAUUCCAUGAAGGUAAUCAACUCCAGUGAUUUUACAUAUAUGAGUGCGGAGUUAGGCAUUCCUGCUUUUGAGUAUAUGGGGAAGACACUCCUUCAUCGCUAUUCAAUCACAAUAACAUCUAAAGGGGUAGAGAUAUACGAUAAAGCCAUCCAAGAUAUCUAUGCUUUUGUUGAUUUGUCAAGCAACAAAUUUGAAAGGAAGCUUCCUCAACUGUUUGGGAACCUAAAGGCCCUUCGGUCAUUAAACCUUUCGAACAACAUGGUUUCAGGUCGCAUCCCAUCAUCUUUGGGAGAUUUAACAAUGCUUGAAUGA